AUGGUCCACUUCAAAAUUCAAGAUGGUCCAUUUCAAAAUUCAAGAUGGACCAUUUCAAAAUUCAAGACAGUCCAAUACAAAAUUCAAGAUGGUCCAAUUCAAAAUUCAAGAUGGUCCACUUCAAAAUUCAGGCCUUGGGGCAGAUGUGUCUUGCCCUCCUGGAAGACGGUCCACUUCAAAAUUCAAGAUGGUCCAUUUCAAAAUUCAAGACAGUCCAAUACAAAAUUCAAGAUGGUCCACUUCAAAAUUCAGGCCUUGGGGCAGAUGUGUCUUGCCCUCCUGGAAGAUGGUCCACUUCAAAAUUCAAGAUGGUCCAUUUCAAAGGUCCAAUACAAAGUUGAUUUUCUCAACACAGGAACACAGUCUACCACACACUUGUCAACUACUAUUCCAGCCAUGCCACCAAUCACCUGUCCAGUGUGCAGCUAUGCUUAUGCUGAAAGCAACAUCACCAACCAUUUGCAUAAGGUGCACAAGGGCAUUGCAGUCAGUCAGGAUGCUGCAGCUGCUGUUGGACUUGUUGCAUGCUUUUGCAGACAGGUGGUCAUGAAUGUGGCAGCACUAUGCAAACACCAAGGCAUCUGCAAAUGCCAAGGUGAGAACACACAGCAGACUCAGGUGGAACCUAUGCCUGCAAUUUCAACUCAGCAAUCUCAUGAUGUGGUAAGUCCAGAGCCUGGGCCUGCAGCAGACAUGCAGUGUGAAUCUUUCCUGGACAUGUUGGAUCCUGCCAUCCUUGCAGAGGAGAAUUCAAAUUUGAAUUCAAUUCCAGAGGCUGAGCCUAGCAUGGCAGACUCAGAGGAAUUGCCUCUAGCACUUGUGGAGGAUAACUUGGACUAUGUGAUGGCCGAGGCACAGGCAGAGGCACAGGCACAGGCAUCAGAGCCAGAGGACGUGCAGAUGGAAAAUCCAACUAAUUCUGAACUUGACGUGUCCACUGGUGAAGUGCCUGACCCUUUUCCCAUCCUGUCUCUGGACCUGCAAGCACAGGAGGCAGAGGUGGAGGAGCCUUCGGAUGCAGAGGAGGAGGGAGAGACAUUACCACAGCUGCCAGAACUGGAGCUGGAGCCUGAGCCUGAGCCAGUGCAGCAGCCAACUCCCACACUGGAGCCAAACCUGGACUUGGUGGAUGUGCAGGAUAUGCCAGCAGAUGGCAUUGUGGUACUGCUGCCUGCAGUGGAUGCAGGAGUUCCUGAUCCUCAGCCAGUAGUGCCCCUGCCUACAAGACUGCUUGACAAUGGCAGGGAGCAGGAGGGUGCAUGCUUGCCACCCAUUCCACCAUUGGCACCCAUCACUGAUUGGAAUGGCUGUGUGGAGUACGAUGUAGAUUCAUUUGCAGUGACCAUCUCUCCUGCAGACCUGCUAUGCAUUUACCCGGCAGGUUGUUACCUGAGUCUCUGUAGUCAUGCACCAGAUUUCAAGGAUCAUGCACUGUUCACAGACUGGGUGUACUUUGCAGAGCUCAAGGUGAAUUUCCGUUUUGAGCCACAAUUCAAGUUGCUGCUCAUUGCAUGCCUGCAGCAGCCCCCACAGAGGGCCAUCCUCAUGUCAGAGGUCUUGCACCUGAAACCCAGGUUGCUCGGCAUGAUCAAUAUCAAUGUUAUGAUGACACCAAGGUCUGGUGUGAGUGUUGAUGAUGAUGAGGUUGAUGGUGUUGGUGAUGAGAUUGGUGAUGUCGAUGAUAAUGAGGUUGAUGGUGUUGGUGAUAAGGUUGGUGGCAUCAACACGAGUGUCCAGUGUGUUGACUUGAUGCUUGAAGUGAUCCCCGGACCGCAGUGGACUACUGCCUUUGGUUCUAUCUUGAUCCGGACCGCUAACCUGCUAUGGGCGCCUUCGGAUGUCAGGUAG